UGUCCAUUGCUUCAUCCAACACUUCAGUCUUGAGUGCAAACAACCAAGUCUGCCAUACAGAAACCGUCGAAGUAAUCCUGUUUGCGGACCACAAAGGCUUGGGGCUCACCCUCAAAGGAGGAGUCUUCUCUACGGCUCCGCUUUUGUAUCCACCCACCAUAGCAUCCGUGGAGCUGCGCAGUCCAGCAGAUAAGUGUGGGGUACUCCAGGAAGGGGAUCGAGUGCUGACUAUCAAUGGCAUGGAGACUGUAGAUAGGACUCUUGAAGAGGUCAACCACUUUCUGCGAGACUCCAGGCCUCGUUGUGUGCUCCUCAUUGAGUUUGAUGUUGCAGAAUCAGUGACACCAAGUUCAGGCACAUAUAUUGUCAAACUGGCCAAGAAAUCUGGCGACACUGGAAUUACUGUUGGCAGUAAGAUUUUCCUUUACUCCAUUACUGCCAGUUUUCUGCCAUAUUUGUAUGUAUUUGCUUUUAUUGUGAUUUCUGCCUUCAGGACAGGUUCCAUCCAGCCUGGAGACAAACUGUUGGCAGUCAAUGAUGUCAGACUGGACACCUGCACACCUGAAGAUGCCAUGCACCUGCUGGAACUCCCAGAUGAUAUUGUCAAGCUGAAGCUACAGCGUGAUGACCCUGAUGAAGGCAGCGAGGGUUUUGUGAUUUACACCGUGGAGCUGCAGAGGUUUGGUGGUCCCUUAGGCAUCACAAUCUCCGGCACUGAAGAUCCUUUGGACCCCAUUAUCAUAUCUGAGCUGACACCACAAGGCCUUAAUUUGAUUUUUGUUCCUUGCAGGACUGGAGCCAUUCAUGUUGGUGAUCGCCUCCUGGCAGUCAGCGGCAGUAACACCAAAAAUAAACCACUGUCAGAAGCCAUCAGGAUGCUGCAGAGCGCUGGAGACAUUGUCACACUGAAAAUUGCACGACCAGACCCCACAGCCGGUAAGCAGAAUUUGAGUUGUAUUUCCAUCAGUUGGCACAGUGGGAAACCCUCCACCACCAUACCUAGUGUAGACAGUGCCCUGGAGUCCUGGGAUAGUUCAGCUCAUGACAUUGCUGCCAUUGGCAGCCCUCACCACAACUACAGUGGAGCUAUGGUGCUGGCAGUGCCUCACAGCACAGGUAAGGGCAUUAAUGUUGUUGUUCCUGAGGCAUUAAUGUUGUUGUUCCUGAGGCGCUAA